GCCUCCGCUAUUUACUCUGCCAACUGGGCCUGCUGCAGCACUUCAAGGGCAAAGUACAAUUUUUCCAGGAUCCGAGGUCCAUCUUGUUAUCCCAUUUCCAGAGAAGGUGGCUGUGAGCUCAGGAGGGGAAACGGACUUUUUUUGACGAGAAAAGCGGAGGCAGACGAUGGAAAAGGCGCGACCGAUUUUCGCGCGCUUUGGCGCGGGUGGUUGUGGGUAGCGUGCCCAGGAAGGAGACUGGAUACGGGGGGCUGCUACCGCGCCACCCGCAGGGUCUGAGGGGAUGUUCGAGGAGGAACCCCACGCGGAGGGGGCGGCAGUGGUCGCCACGGCCGGGGAGGCACUUCAGGCCCUAUGCCAGGAGCUGAACCUGGACGAGGGUAGCGCGGCCGAAGCCCUGGACGACUUCACCGCCAUCCGGGGCAACUACAGCCUAGAGGGAGAAGUUAUACACUGGUUGGCAUGUUCAUUAUAUGUUGCAUGCCGCAAAAGCAUUAUUCCCACAGUUGGAAAGGGUGUCAUGGAAGGAAAUUGCGUAUCACUUACCAGAAUACUACGUUCAGCUAAAUUAAGUUUAAUUCAGUUUUUUAGUAAAAUGAAGAAGUGGAUGGACAUGUCAAACCUGCCACAGGAAUUUCGUGAACGUAUAGAAAGGCUAGAGAGAAACUUUGAGGUAUCUACUGUAAUUUUCAAAAAAUUUGAGCCAAUUUUUUUAGAUAUAUUUCAAAAUCCAUAUGAAGAGCCACCAAAGUUACCACGAAGCAGGAAGCAGAGAAGGAUUCCUUGCAGUGUUAAGGAUCUCUUUGAUUUCUGCUGGACGCUCUUUGUUUACACAAAAGGGAACUUUCAUAUGAUUGGGGAUGAUUUAGUAAACUCUUACCAUUUACUUCUGUGCUGCUUGGAUCUCAUUUUUGCCAAUGCCAUUAUAUGCCCAAAUAGGAGAGACUUGCUAAAUCCAUCAUUUAAAGGUUUACCACCUGAUUUCCAUACUGCUGACUUUAGGGCUUCUGAAGAGCCUCCCUGCAUCAUUGCUGAACUGUGUGAACUGCAUGACGGACUUCUGGUAGAAGCAAAAGGAAUAAAGGAGCACUACUUUAAGCCAUACAUUUCAAAACUCUUUGAUAGGAAGAUUUUAAAAGGAGAAUGCCUCCUGGACCUUUCCAGUUUUACUGAUAAUAGCAAAGCAGUGAACAAGGAGUAUGAAGAGUAUGUUCUAACUGUUGGUGAUUUUGAUGAGAGAAUCUUUUUGGGAGCAGAUGCAGAAGAAGAAAUUGGAACUCCUCGAAAGUUCACUGGUGACACUCCAUCGGGGAAACUGACAGCACGGGCUAGUGUGGAGUGUAACCUUCAACAACACUUUGAAAAAAAAAGAACAUUUGCACCUUCUACCCCUCUAACAGGACGGCGAUAUUUACGAGAAAAAGAAGCAGUCAUUACUCCUGUUGCUUCAGCAACGCAGAGUGUGAGCAGGUUACAGGGUAUUGUGGCCGGACUGAAAAAUGCUCCAAGUCAACAACUUAUAAAUAUUUUUGAGUCUUGUAUGCGUAAUCCUAUGGAAAACAUUACAAAAAUGGUGAAAGGAAUAGGAGAGUCUUUUUGCCAACACUAUACUCAAUCAACGGAUGACCAGCCAGGAUCUCACAUAGACUUUGCUGUAAACAGACUAAAACUGGCAGAAAUUUUGUAUUACAAAAUGUUAGAGACUGUAAUGGUUCAGGAAACACGAAGACUUCAUGGAAUGGACAUGUCAGUUCUUUUAGAACAGGAUAUAUUUCAUCGUUCCUUGAUGGCCUGUUGUUUGGAAAUUGUGCUCUUUGCUUAUAGCUCACCUCGUACUUUUCCCUGGAUCAUUGAAGUUCUCAAUUUGCAACCGUUUUAUUUUUAUAAGGUUAUUGAGGUAGUGAUUCGCUCAGAGGAGGGGCUCUCGAGGGACAUGGUGAAACACCUGAACAGCAUUGAAGAACAGAUUUUGGAGAGUUUAGCAUGGAGUCAUGAUUCUGCACUAUGGGAGGCUCUCCAGGCAAACAAAGUUCCUACCUGUGAAGAAGUUAUAUUCCCAAAUAACUUUGAAACAGGAAAUGGGGGGAGUAUACAGGGACAUCUUCCCAUGAUGCCAACGUCUCCUAUAAUGCAUCCACGCGUCAAAGAAGUUCGGACUGACAGUGGGAGUCUUCGAAGGGAUAUGCAACCACUGUCUCCAAUUUCUGUCCAUGAACGCUACAGUUCUCCUACAGCAGGGAGUGCUAAGAGAAGACUUUUUGGAGAGGACCUGCCAAAGGAAAUGCUUAUGGACAAGAUGAUAACAGAAGGAGCAAAAUUGAAAAUUGCCCCUUCUUCAAGUAUUAUCACUGAAAAUAUAUCAGUUUCACCUGGGCAGAGUCUUCUAACAAUGGCCACAGCCACAGUAACAGGGACAAUAGGACAAAAAGUUACAAUUCCAUGUCAUGGUAUUGCAAAUGAUGCUGAAGGGAUCACACUGAUACCCACUUGCAUGAAUACAACUCAGGAGUCCAAAAUGGAGAGUCCUGUUUCACUUACUGCUCAAUCGUUAAUUGGUGCUUCUCCAAAACAGAACCACCUGACUAAAGCACAAGAGGUACAUCCAACUGGAAUAAGCAAACCGAAAAGAACUGGAUCCUUAGCACUGUUUUACAGAAAGGUCUAUCAUUUGGCAAGUGUACGCUUACGUGAUUUAUGUUUAAAACUGGAUAUUUCCAAUGAGCUGCGAAGAAAGAUAUGGACGUGUUUUGAAUUCACUUUAGUUCACUGCCCUGACUUAAUGAAAGACAGACAUUUAGAUCAGCUACUCCUUUGUUCCUUUUACAUCAUGGCAAAGGUAACAAAAGAAGAAAGAACUUUUCAAGAAAUAAUGAAAAGUUAUAGGAAUCAGCCCCAAGCUAAUAGUCACGUCUAUAGAAGUGUCUUAUUGAAGAGUAUUCCAAGAGAAGUUGUGACAUUCAAUGAAAACAUAAAUGGUGAUAUUGAAAUGACAGAUUGUGAUUUAGAAGAUGCUACAAAAACACCAGACUGUUUCAGUGGAUCAGUGAGAGAGGAAAGAGGUGAUCUUAUCAAAUUUUAUAAUACAGUAUAUGUAGGAAGAGUGAAGUCAUUUGCAUUGAAAUACGACUUGUCAAAUCAAGCCCAUAUGAUGGAAGCUCCACCACUCUCUCCUUUCCCACAUAUUAAGCAGCAGCCAGGCUCACCCCGCCGCAUUUCCCAACAGCAUUCCAUCUAUGUUUCCCCCCACAAGAAUGGGGCAGGCCUUACACCAAGGAGUGCUCUUCUGUACAGGUUCAGUGGCAGCCCUUCUAAGAGUUUGAAAGAUAUCAAUAACAUGAUAAGGCAAGGUGAGCAGAGAACCAAGAAGCGAGCAAUAACCAUCGAUGGUGAUGCAGAAUCCCCUGCCAAACGCCUCUGUCAAGAAAAUGAUGAUAUUUUACUUAAACGACUACAGGAUGUGGUCAGUGAAAGAGCACAUCAUUAAUGCCACUUCCUCUUUGAUAAAAAGCACUUUCAGGUUGUUUUUGCAGAAAGUAUGGGCUGUAGCCUUCAAACCUUUCAGCCCUGCAGAUGGUAAAUAUCACUGGGUAUAAGAAAAAUUGCACCAAAAUUAUGUGCUUUUUAAACAUUUUUCCAAAAUGUAGUUGACAGAGCUGUAUUGAGUUGAAAAGAAAAGGAAUGUUUUAAGUGCCUUUUGAAAAUAGUAGUAGUUAUAGAGUUUUUAAAUAUUUGAUCCCUUGGUUAGUUUUAAAGAUGAAGUAAAGAAAAAACCCAUAUAGCCCAUACUAUUUCAGCUCACUUUAAAAAAAAAAGUCUUCUCCUUCUGUGCUUUGUAAUAUGAGGGUAAAUAAUCAAUUUUUGGUAAGCAUGCUGUGACAUAUUUGUGUUCUCAAUUUAAUAUUGAAGUAGGGGUUCUUUCCCAUAGCACUUGGGCCAGAGGGUAGUACACCAGCCUGUCUCUAGCCCACUGUAGUGACUCCACAUCCAGUUGCCACUACCAUUCUGGGUUGCCUAGAUCCAUUCUUCUUGUACGCUUCUUCUUGAGCAUAAGCAGAUGUGUACCUGAGCCCUUGCACCAUCCCCACUCCUGGCUUUCCAACCCUGAGCCCUCUUAACCUGGUGUCACAGCACUAUAAAAGGGGCACUGUUUCUGCUUUGAAACUUAUUGACAUUUUGUUUUUUUAACAUUAGCUUAAUUAUACAUGCUUGUAUUAAAUCAUGUAAUUCUCAAAAUAGGAAACUGCUUCUCGAGCCAAACCAAAAACACCCACCUGUUGCCUUGAGUCCAUUCCAAUUCAGUAGCAAUCCUAUCGGACAAAGUAGAACUGCCCCAUAGGGUUUCCAAGGAGCACCGGGAACUGCUGACCUUUUGGUUAGCAGCAGUGCUAACCAGGGCUCUGCUUCUCAAGCAAGUAGAAUAUACUUCAGAUAGUUGUUAGAAACUUAAUUUCCCACUAGUGAGGUAGAACCAUGAUAAUAUGUAAGAUACUGUGUUUGAAGUCAUCAUAAGAUCAGUAAUUUCCAAUGUCUAAUUGAUUCCCUAAAAAUAUUUGAAGCCUUUUUUGGUCGGCAACCAAUGUCACAAAACAAUGUGUAUUGUUUAAUGAGAAACGAAUUUGCUCUACAAACCUUCAUCAAAAGUACAAUAAAAAAAAAAAAAACAUGUAUUUGAAACCUUUUUCAAAACCACAUUAAAAUCACUUCAUGCCUUGUAAUUCUAAUAUGCAUCAGUAAAACAGCUGCUUAUUACUUCCCCCUCUUUGUUCUCAGUACUAGUGGUGCAUCGUGAGUUUCCUGUUAGGGUUUGACUUGGAUUCCCCAGAGAUGCAUCUUUCCAAACAAUCAGCUCCUUAACAUCUACUUUUUCUAGUAUGCUUACAGAAUCUGGAAAAACAUGGAAAAGCCAUCCUUAAUUAAUUUUGAGAAUAUAUGUUUUUAACUGCAAACCUUAUUUUUUAAAAUAUAUAAUGUUUAAUUUAUCUAUGUCUAACCCUGAUUGGACCAUCAAUUAGUAAUUAGUAUUGUCACAAAUUUUAUUUUUAAAUUUUAAAAACAAAAGGAAUUUUUAUCACAUUUUACUUUUAUAAAAAUUAUAUCCUCAUUUUUUGUGUAGUAUCUACACUGUUAUAAACCAAAUGUUAUAAAGCCUGUCUUGAAACCUUGUACAUAUUUUUAUGUAGCUAUAACCAUUGUGUCAUUUUCAUUAUUAAUGUGCAGAAUGUAAAUGAGCAUUUGUACAUCGACUAUGUAAGAAACUCGACCAGUUUUCAGGGAUUAAUGAUGUCACUGUAUAUAAAUGGUUAAUAAAACAUUGGUGUUUUUGAGAGUAUUGGAAAAAACUAUACUUGUGCUAUUUUCUAUGUGACUGAAAACAAUUGUGCGGCCACCUAAAAUCUAUAUCUCUUUAAGGAUCUACUCUUCAUGUUUUCAAUUCCUCAGUGUAACUUAAAAGCUAAUAUUCCUGGUGGUUGCCAGAGCCUGGGGGGAGGUGAGAAUGGGGAGUGACUGCUUAAUAGGUACAGAAAUUUCCUUUGGGGUAUUGAAAAUGUUUUGGAACUUGAUGUAAGGGGUGGUUGAAUAACACUGUGAAUGUACUAAAUGCCACUUUAAAAUGGCUAACUUUAUGUUACAUGGAUUUCGCCUCAAUAAUUUAAAAAAAAAAAAAAAACC